GUAUUUUCCCCAGAAGGUGAAUGAAGACACUCAACCUUGGCUGAUUCCUCUCUCCCAAGUCGUUUCCAUGCUUCCACUCUGGUGAGGCUCUCCAGAUCUAGUCUGCAAAGUCAGCUAGGAAGCACCACUGUAAAAAUGACUGAAGAGCUUGUAAAGGAGAUGCCAGGAGCCCCCAAAUCAUCCAUGCCUGGGACAAUGGAGAAAAACCCCAAGAGUGAAGUCAUAGUCACCACGGUCCCCCUGGUCAGUGAGGUCCAGCUGAUGGCUGCCACAGGGGGUACAGAGCUUUCCUGCUACCGCUGCAUCAUCCCAUUUGCUGUGGUGGUCUUCAUCGCUGGGAUCGUGGUCACUGCAGUGGCUUACAGCUUCAAUUCCCAUGGCUCCAUUAUCUCUAUCUUUGGCCUGGUCCUUCUGUCAUCUGCACUUUUUUUAUUAGCCUCCAGUGCCUUGUGUUGGAAGGUGAGACAGAGGAGCAAGAAAGCCAAGAGACGGGAGAGUCAGACAGUUCUCGUGGCAAAUCAGAGAAGCUUGUUUGCUUAAGACUGAAACGAGACCAAAUGGGAUAUGUUGCCUGAAGAACCUGUUCUAACUUGGUCAGCCAAUUCAUCCAGAACCAAUGUGGGAGGGAAUGGGCUUGGCUUGGAGAAGACUAGAAAAAUGGGAGUAGGUUGAAGGUGGGGGGGUCAAAGGGGUCCUCCUUUGUGACAAAUGACCUUUUUAAAUAUUUUCUUUGUGAAUGUCUUCUAUAAUGACAAACUUAAUCCUAAGUGCUAAUUCAAAGACAGAGCUUUCACUUUAAGUUAAUCAUUGCAGGGUGUGUGGGGGUGCCCAGUCUUAGACGUUUGGUUCACCUUGGGCAGUAGCCAAGAAAUGAGAAAAUAGUAAGAUAGUGACAUUGAGCCCCCUCCCCCAAAUAAACCACAUUGUUUGAGAAGUUGUUAUAAAAACAUUCUGCGGAAGGUCUGCAUUGCCUUGGAAUUUGCAUAUGUCUAGAAAAUUCUGUGGUA